UUUGCCUUUUGCUAUAUCUGUAUCCGUAUGCGUGAGUACCUCCUGUUAAUAGCGUAUACCAUGCCGUGCCUCAGCUUGGAUGGACAAGCUGCCCCUUGCUCAAAUUUCCAAUUUCACAACAGCUUCAUCUAUUUAUUUCACGUCUCCAAUUGCCUGAUGCCUUACCUUACCUCAAGCCUUUCACGCUCCCUGAGGCUCCCUCGCCAAUCCCCAUCAAGGCCGGCAUCCUCGCAUAUUACAUUCUAUUGGGGGCCGCCUGGGGGAGAUGUCAAAUAAUCAAAAUUGAUCAAAAGGGAUGAGAACAAGCGCCAGCCCAGUCGGGAUUGGCAAGAACAACAAGGAGCAGAAAAUAUCCCGAAAUGCCUGGAGAUGAGAAGUCGGUACGUACCGUGAGCUGUAAAUAUCUGGGAGAGCUUGAGUUGGCCGGGGUCGCCAGGGUGUGCAUCCAAUGAGAGUGAUUUAAAUGCCAUGCAUGCGGCAGAGGGAGGAGACGAGACUAAAACGAGUGGAUACCGUCGCUGGUCU